UAACAGCUGAUUGGCAAUAAAACAACCAUUGGAAUGAAAACAUGCAGAAGUUGUCCCGUUUGUAUUGGCCGGUGCUGGUGACUCCCAAAAAUGCUGUUACCAAACCUGUGGAGGCUUUAUCCAAAAGCCAAAAGUUGAUGACUGAGUUGGGUCUAUUGAAACCGGCAUCUAAUGGCACAUUUCAAAUCAUGCCCAUAGGUCAACGUUCAUUGGACAAACUUUGUCACCUAGUGAAUGAGGCAAUGUUUCGCGUAGAAGGACAAAAAAUGUCACUUCCCAUAUUAACUUCAACAACUCUAUGGAAGAAAUCUGGCAGGCUGCAGGGAGAUAUCACAGAGUUUUUUAUGUUACGUGAUCGCCAUGACAAAUCCUUUCUAUUGAGUCCGACUCACGAGGAGGCCAUAACAUCAAUGUUGGCGGCUACAGCACCUAUUUCACACAAACAAUUACCUUUACGAUUAUAUCAAAUCGGUCCCAAGUUUCGAGAUGAGUUAAAGGCACGCUUUGGAUUAAUGAGGGCUAAGGAGUUUCUUAUGAAAGACAUGUACUCAUUUGAUCGAAAUGAUUUGGAGGCCAGAGAAACAUACGAAUUGGUGAAUGAAUCAUAUCUAAGACUGUUCAAGCAGUUGGAGGUACCAUUUGAAAAAGUCGAAGCUUGCACUGGCAUGAUGGGAGGAAAACUAUCUCACGAAUAUCACUAUAUCUCGCCAGCGGGCGAAGAUAAUUUGUUGCAUUGUCAAGAUUGUAAUUAUGCAUUUAACGAGGAAGUUUCUCAAGUGAAAACCAAAGUCACUUGCGUAAAAUGUCAAAGCUCGAAUGUUAGGCAAGUUAAGGGAAUGGAGGUGGCCCACACUUUUCUAUUGGGUGAUCGAUAUUCAAAAGUGUUCAAUGCCACUUAUUUGGAUACGGAUGGGAAACCUAAAACGCUAAUAAUGGGUUGCUAUGGUAUUGGCAUCAGUCGUAUAUUGGCAGCAUCACUGGAGGUAUUGUCUAACGAGCAAGAAUUAAAAUGGCCCACCAUUUUGGCUCCGUAUGACGCUUGUGUCAUUGGACCCAAACAGGGAAGCAAAGAAGCCGCUCAAGGUGAAAAGAUUGAACAACAAAUGUUGCAUGAGCUGGAUAUAUUAUGUGGCAAAGAUGUGCUGCAUGAUGACCGCAAGUAUUUAACCAUAGGCAAGAGACUUAUGGAAGCCAAAAGAAUGGGCUAUCCUUUAAUAAUUGUGAUUGGCUCCAAAUCCUGCGAAGAAGUGCCUAAAAUAGAAAUUCACAUCAAUGGCAAACCAAUGGAUCUUGAUUUGAAUUCAUCUUUAUUGGAAAUAAGAGAAUAUCUUCAACAAAAAACAAAUCUAAUUCAACUAUAACUUAACUUGAACAACUAUUUCUUUUUUUUUUUUGAUUUAUUUCCAAAGUACUGAUAAUAAAUGAUGUUUGGUAAUGUGCUAUAA